AUGUCCUCCAUAUUAGAGCGGGUUAGCAAGAGCAUGAUCAAAAAUCUUGGAGGCAAAGAUCUGACACCUGUCAAAUGUGUACUGGAUGCCACCAAAUUCCGUCAGUUUAGUAUAUUACGGAAGAAGACUUCAUUCUGGCCAUGGGGACAAUCUGAUGACAUUCCUGUGGAAUAUUCCCUCAUGGACAUCCUGGAACCAAGUUCUUCAUUCCCAGAAUGUGUCAGGUCUGGACCAUUUCACACCAAGGACUUUGAGACCAAGAAGCUGAAGGCUGAUGUGGGUGUCAACGCUGGUGCAGAAGUGAGAAUGUCAGGAGAGAUCGCUCAGUCCCAUAAAUCCAACCUUGAGAUUCAGAGUGUUAGUGUCCCAAAACCCAACCUGGAAAUGCUUCAAAACAGGAAACUGUUGGAGCCAGAGCCGUCAUUUUUGAGUGUUUGCCGAAGGAGAGGAGACAACCUAUAUGUGGUGACAGAAGCUGUUGAAUUGGCCAAAGAUACUGUUCUGUAUGACAACAGCAGUGUCAAUGUUUCUGGAAAAGUGUCUCUCCCGCAGGUCACUUAUGUCAAGGGUGAAUGCCAGGGAGAAGGUCAGAGAGUGAGAGAAAAAACAAUGACUGUCCCUCAAGGCACAGUGCUGGCCUACAGGAAGAAGCAGCUGGUCAUCAAGGACAAAAACUGCACCAUACUUAUAUUCGAUGACACAAAGCAGAAGACCUUUCAGAAUGAGCAACCUACAAGGCGUUAUACAGAGGAGAUACAGCUUUACGGGAGCAGUGGGCUAUUCACACUGGAGUUAAGUCCCAUCCUUCCAAUAGGUCAUUUUUUGAUUCUCUUUCUAGGAAGACUAGCAGAACCUUUUGGGCAAGAUUUCAGUCUUCUACAAGAGGAGGUUUCUGAGAAUUUGGUGGCAUUGGCCUGGGUCCCGAAAAACAUUCAGGAUGUCUUGUUCCACAGUAUCCUGGCCUUGCUGGGUGACAGAGAGAGUCUGAAGAACCUGAUGGACAUGAUGGAAUCGGACAACUUGGGUCAUCUGGAAGGCCCUGGUGGCAAGAUCCUGAAUGAACUCAGACAGGAAUCAAGCCCUCCCUGGGUGAACCUAGGGUACCUCAUUUUUUACCUCCUGGAAGUCUUACUAGAGCUGAGUGACACCCAGCUUGUUCUGCUGACCCAGGCUGUGGAGAAGAGAAUUUUGUCUCAGCAACAAGAGCUGGUAAGGAGCAUCCUAGAGCCAAACUUCAGGUACCCCUGGCACAUCCCCAUCACCCUCCCAGCCGAGCUCCUGGCCCUGCUGCAGGAAGAGGACAUGCAAAUCACCUAUGCCCUCCUGGAGGAGUGUGGCCUAAAGAUGGAGCUGAGGAGCCCCCGGUCAACCUGGCAUCUGGACGCCAAGAAGCCCUUGUCUGCGCUGUAUGCGGCCCUGUCGAUGCUGCUGCAGCUGGCUGAGGCAUCAGUUAUCCCUGGUGGGCAGCCAGUCCAGGGCGGCCUGGCCCACCCCAGCCUGGGCCGUGAGAGCCCUCAGCAGACCUGGGAGAUCGCACCGUUCCCCUCUGCUCCCCAGGACGAGUAG